AGUACCCGCGCCACGUCGUCUGACCUUUGAAAGGUCAUCUUCGUCGCCCAUCCAUCACCGUCACUCUCACCUCUCUCACAAGCACCACUACGAUGGUCUCUCGCGCCAACCUUCUCGCCGGCCUGCGCACCGGCGGCCCCCGCUCCAGCUCGCCCGGCGUCGACUCGGGCAGCUUCCCUUCCUCGGGCUACCAGACGCCCGCGUCGCCGACCAUGCACGGCGGCAAGCCGGCGUCGCCCAACGCGCUCAAGGCCAACGCCGCCGUCUUCACGCCGACGUCGCGCUUCGGCACGCCGCCCAUGGGCGGCGGUGAGCUGCAGCAGGCGCAGCAGCAGUCGCCCUCGCCGCACCAGCGCUUCUCGCCGACGCGCGAGCAGCAGAUGCAGCAGGAGCAGCAGGCGGCCCUCGAGGCGCAGCUCUCGGCCAUGCGCAUCCAGCAGCUCGUCGCCUCGCAGAACCAAGGCCUCGCCGCCAUGUACGGCGCCACGCAGGGCCAGCCGCAGCAGCAGCAACAGCUGCACUACGAGCAGCUCCUGCGCCAGCAGCAGCAGCAGACCGACGCUCGCCGCACUCAGCAGCAGCUCGAGGCCAUCCGUGCUCAGAGCAUCGCCGCGCAGCAGCUGCAGCAGCAGACGCAGGUGGCGACGCAGCAGCGCAUGCUCCUCGCGCAGAUCCAGGCCGAGUACGAGCGGCAGGCUCAGGUCGCCGCCCGCACCGAGCAAUACGGCGCCCAGACCAACAGCGCCGCCGAGCAGCGCCAGGCGGCGCAGGCCAGCAUCCAGGCCUCGCUGCGCCAGCGCCAGAGCCAGCAGCAGCAGCAGGCGGCCUACGCGCAGCUCGUCGAGCAGCAGCAGGCCCAGCAGGCCCACGACGAGCAGGCGCAGCUCAUGCAGCGCCUGCAGUACAUCCAGAUGCAGGUCGCUCAGCAGCAGCAGCUGCAGCAGCAGGCCGUCGCCAUGGCGGCCAUGCAGCAGCAGCAACAGCAGCACAUGUACUCGCUCGAGCAGCAGCUUGGUCGCGUCGGCACGCCGCCCAACGCCAAGGCGCAGCAGCAGCGCGAGCGCACCGUCAGCCACGCCGACACGGCCGCCUCGUGGCGCACCCGUGCGCCCGCGGCUAGCACUGGCAGUGCAACCUCGACGCCGUCGAUCAUCGUCGACGACUCCGCGUCCGAGAAGAGCUUCGCCUCGGAGUCCGGCACGCCCGACACGAGCGAGGAGAACGUGCAGAUCGGCGCGGAUCGCUUCAACUCGGUGUCGGCGCGCAAGACGGCUGCCGCCAACGCCGCCGCUGUCAUGACGGCGCGCUACGGUGCCGUUUCGGACGGUACGGCGUCUAAGCCUUCUGCGGCGCCCAUCGCUGCUCCGGCGUCGCGCAUCACGGCGCUCGCUCAGCCUCCUCGUGGCCGCAGCGCCACCGAGGGCAAGAUUACCGCUCCCACGACCAACGGCACCGUGGCGCCCGGCGUCGGCCUCGGCCUACCCAACCAGCCGAUGCGCCAGCCCAAGGGCCCGCCGACCGAGUUCCGCGACGUCAACUUCGCCAGCCGCAUCUCGGCACGCACGCGCAAGGAGGCCAUGAGCCGUCUCUGCGCCAGCCCGCGUGCCAGCACGUUCAGCGCUGCCCGCAGCUUCACGAUGCCCGUGCAGGCUGCCUGAAGCACAGGCUCUGCAUCUCAAGCUGUGACCUCGCCUCUGUCCGACUCUCUCGACCGUGUAUCCCCUCGAC